AUGCCGCCGACGAUUUUCCCUGGUUCAGGGCCGACAGCGGCGCCACAGUUAACUUCUACAGUGCCGAUGGGUGUCCCAAGGGGAGUGCAAGCACCCGCAGUCACUCGUGCGCCUUCUCCUCGAGUAGCCGAAACAGAACUUAGUCCUGAUGACCAGCAACAGGCACAGCUAUUGAUGCAGGUAUUGCAACUAAACGAAGAGCAAAUUGCUUUGCUGCCACCGGAAGACCGAAGAAAAGUAAUCGAAUUACGAAAUCAGCUGCGAUCCAGUGUUUAA